AUGGAGAAGCAAUUUCAAAGUGCUUACACAACGGCAAAAUUUAAAGAACUUCAGCAAGAGUUAAUAGGAAAGAUUUAUUGUAAUUUGUCUUCAUGUAAGGAAGGUGCUACCAUUUCAGAAUAUGCAAUAGGUGAAGAUAUAUCAACUGGAGAAAGCCACCGGCGUGCAAUUUUUUAUGUUUUGUUUAAUGAGGUUACCAGUGAAGUUAAUUGUAAUUGCCGGUUGUUUGAGUAUAGAGGAAUAUUGUGCAAACAUCAAAUUGUGGUGUUGAUUCAGAGGAUGAUUUAUCAAGUACCAAACAAGUACAUCUUAAAAAGAUGGAGUAAAACUGUCAAAAGGAGCCACACUAAGAUUCAGAUCUGUUAUGACAAUUGGUUUGUCAAACCUGAAGCACGCCGCUUUGAUAAAAUGUGCAAUGCCUUUCAUGAAGUUGCUGAUUUGGCAACUGAUACUGAAGAUAGAUGUGAGAUGGUGAUGACGUGGAUACACAAAUUAAAUGGGGAGUUGAAAGAAGCGGAAGAUGUUUGUGGAACCAAUAAGCCUAUUUCUGGAGGGCAAGUUAUGAAUUGA